CUACAACUACAGUCAGCGCUCCAGUUUACAUUGCCUGACAGCUAACUACAGCAUCCGGGCCACACUAUUAAAUCUCUGACUCUGGCAUUCACAAACUAUUUGGACUUUUUUCCACGACUCCACUUCUGCAAGCUGUUCCUAAACUUUUUAGCUCUUGCACCGAGUGUCUUAUCCGGGGACAGUCCGUACCGGGCAGAACCGAGUGGGCCAUGGCCUUCCUAGGGAGCGCAGUUCGGCGGGUGGUGUCAGCAGCGCGGCCUCCUCUCUCUCCCUUGUGCCGGACAACCACUCGAUCCUACAGCUCAGAGCCCACCAAGGAAAAAAGUGUUCCCUACGAGAAAACACUCAAACAGGCAGAUGGAGUCUCAUCUGGACCCACUAAACCUUUACCCAGGUCAGCUGAUGUCGUGGUGAUCGGAGGAGGCAGUCUGGGCUGUCAGACUAUCUACCACCUGGCUAAAAUGGGGAUGACUAACGUAGUUCUGCUGGAGAGAGACAGACUGACUGCUGGCACCACCUGGCACACUGCAGGCUUGCUGUGGCAGCUCCGUCCCAGUGAUGUUGAGGUGGAGCUCUUGGCCCACACCAGGAACGUGAUCAGCAAAGACCUGGAGGAGGAGACCGGUCUCCACACAGGCUGGAUCCAAAAUGGAGGACUCUUCAUUGCCUCCAACAAGCAGAGGCUGGACGAGUACAAGCGCCUCAUGUCGCUGGGUAAAGUUUAUGGUAUCGAGUCCCAUGUCCUGUCACCUGCUGAGACCAAGGACCUGUAUCCUCUGAUGAACGUUGAUGAUCUGUAUGGAACCCUGUAUGUACCAAAAGAUGGCACCAUGGAUCCAGCAGGCACCUGUACCACCCUGACCAGAGCUGCCUCCGCCAGGGGAGCCACGGUGAUCGAGAACUGCCCUGUGACUGGUAUCCAAGUGCGAACAGAUGACUUUGGCAUGAGGAAGGUGAAGGCAGUGGAGACCCCUCAUGGGACCAUUGAGACACCUUGUGUGGUGAACUGUGCAGGUGUGUGGGCCGCCAAGCUGGGGGAAAUGGCCGGAGUCAAGGUGCCUCUUAUCGCGAUGCAUCACGCUUAUGUGGUAACAGAGAGAAUCGAAGGCAUACAGAACAUGCCAAAUGUCAGGGACCAUGAUGCAUCAGUGUACCUGCGCCUCCAAGGUGAUGCCCUGUCUGUGGGUGGUUAUGAACAAAACCCCAUCUUCUGGGAUGAGGUGUCUGAUAAGUUUGCCUUCAGCCUGUUUGACCUGGACUGGGAUGUAUUCACGCAACAUAUUGAGGGUGCAAUCAACAGAGUUCCUGCCCUGGAGCAGACUGGCAUCAAGUCCACUGUCUGCGGACCAGAAUCAUUCACAGCAGACCAUAAGCCGCUGAUGGGAGAAGCCCCAGAAGUCAGAGGUUUCUUCCUGGGCUGUGGCUUCAACAGUGCUGGUAUGAUGCUGGGAGGUGGUUGUGGUAGAGAGCUGGCUCACUGGAUCAUACAUGGGCGCCCUGAGAAGGAUAUGUAUGGUUACGACAUCAGACGUUUCCAUCACUCGCUGACAGACAACCAACGCUGGAUCCGAGAGAGGAGCCACGAGUCUUACGCCAAGAACUACUCUGUGGUGUUCCCCUUUGAUGAACCACUGGCCAGCCGAAACAUGAGGAAAGACCCCUUCCAUCAGGUGCUGACGGAACAGGGCUGUGUUUUCCAGGAGAGACAUGGGUGGGAGAGACCUGGCUGGUUCAACAAAAGCAAGCCCGCUCCUGUUAAAGACUAUGAUUACUAUGGGGCUUAUGACAUUAAGAAGAAUGUGAACUACAAAUACAACGAAUUGCUGGGCAAGGAGUACACCUUUGACUUCCCUCCACAUCAUGACGUGAUUAAGAGUGAGUGCCUCUCAUGUAGAAACGGUGUGGCCGUGUUUGACAUGUCCUACUUUGGAAAGUUCUAUCUCACUGGACCAGAUGCCAAGAAGGCGGCUGAUUGGCUGUUCACAGCUGAUGUCAACAAGAAGCCAGGCUCCACUGUGUAUACCUGCAUGCUGAAUAAGAGAGGAGGGGCGGAGGCUGACCUGACAGUGAGCAGACUGGAGCCUGGUUCUGCCAACCUGCCCCUGGCACCGGAGUCCAAUGGUGAAGCAUACUACCUGGCCAUCGGAGGGGGUGUAGCCGAACACAACUGGAACCACAUUAGAACGGUUCUUCAGGACCAAGGCUUCCGCUGCCAGCUGACAGACUACUCUGAGGACAUGGGGAUGAUCAGCAUCCAGGGACCCAAGAGUCGAGAAGUACUUCAGGAGGUGCUGGAGGCAGACCUGAGCAAUGAAGCUUUCCCCUUCUCUACCCACAAAGUAGUUAAAGCAGCAGGGCAUCAGGUGCGAGCUAUGCGUCUGUCAUUUGUCGGAGAGCUCGGCUGGGAGCUGCACAUUCCCAGAGACUCUUGCCUUCCAGUCUACCAGGCUGUCAUGGCUGCUGGUGCAAAACACAGCAUCAUCAACUCAGGCUACAGGGCCAUCGACUCACUCAGCAUAGAGAAAGGGUACAGACAUUGGCACGCUGACCUGCGCCCAGAUGACACACCCUUGGAGGCUGGGCUAGCCUUCACAUGCAAACUGAAGAGUUCGAUCCCCUUCCAGGGCCGCGAUCGGCUGGAGAAACAGAAGGAGGAGGGGCUGAGGAGGCGCAUCGUCUGCUUCACCAUUGAUGAGAAAGUACCGAUGUUUGGUCUGGAGGCCAUUUUCCGUAACGGCGUUCCCAUUGGUCACCUGCGGCGUUCUGACUAUGGCUUCUUUAUUGACAAAACUAUUGGUUAUGGAUAUAUCCGUAACCCCGAUGGAGGAGUGGUGAGUGCUGACUUCAUAAAGAGCGGUGAGUUUACCCUGGAGAGGAUGGGAGUGACGUACAAGGCCAAGGCCCACCUCAAAUCUCCAUUUGACCCUGAGAAUAAACGCGUCAAAGGCAUCUAUGCUUGAGAAGGACCACACAUGUAAAAACACUCUGUUCGGGGAAUGAGGCAGAGAGGGGUGCAACUGUUUUUUGUUUUUUUUACAUGAUGCAGCUGUUUUAGUCUUAACCUCUCUUGUGGAAUACUAUGAAAUCUUAAAAUUGAUAAUUCUUAUUUUUUUUCCAAUUUAAAUUAUUUAAUUCUGUGAUUUGAUGGAAAUGAAUGGCAUGUGAUGGAACUUACACUCACUUUAAAAGCCUUAGAUGGUCUGAAAUCUGUAUGGAGAUAUCGAAGACGUGCCAAUUAAAAUAUUUUGUUGUUAAACUCCA